UAAAAAUAGUCUGUUUAGAAGAUGGCAGUUUCAGUUAGAGGUUUCUCUCAUCGGAUUGGACAUUUAAGUAGUGUUUUAGCUACUGUUAAAUCAUCCCCCAGAACUUAUUUUACAUAUACGAACGAACCCUCACAGCCUAUUAAAGGAAAAGAGCCAAAAUGGACUACUGCAGAGGAAGCUUUCCAAGAUUUACAAUCAGGUCAAACCGUAUUCUCCCAGGGAGCGGCAGCUACACCGAUCGAAUUGCUAAAUGCAAUGACAAAAGUAGGAAAGAGUAAAAAUCUUAAAGAUAUUACAGUGUGCCAUAUGCACACCGAAGGUCCAGCGGCGUAUACUGAUCCGUCCUGUGAGGGAAUUUUUAGGUCAUGUUCAUUCUUCAUGGGUGGUAAUGUUAGAAAAACCGUUGCUGAAGGUAGGGGAGACGCCAUUCCGAUCUUUCUAUCGGAAAUUCCACUACUUUUUACCAGACAAAUCGUAAAGCCAGAUAUUGCAGUUAUUCAGGUCUCUCCUCCUGAUCAACAUGGCUACUGCAGUCUGGGUACCAGUGUGGACUGUGUAAGAGCAGGAAUGAGCCACUCCAAAAUUAUAGUUGCCCAGAUUAAUCCUAGAAUGCCAAGAACAUUUGGUGAUGGUAUAAUCCACAUCAGCCACAUCGAUUACGCCGUGAAAGUAGACACUCCAUUACCGUGUCACGGUGGAAAACCGCCAUCUGACGUCGAAACACAGAUUGGUAAAAAUAUUGCCGAAAAUCUGGUAGAGGAUGGUGCUACACUUCAAAUGGGUAUUGGCAGCAUUCCCGACGCAGUAUUGGCUUGUUUGACUAACCACAAGGAUCUUGGCAUCCAUUCCGAAAUGUUCGCUGGUGGAGUUAUAGACCUAGUUAAUAGAGGCUGUGUUACUAAUAAUAAGAAAUCUAUUCAUAGGGGUAGAAUCGUAGGAUCUUUCUUAAUUGGAACUCAAGAUUUGUACGAUUUCGUCGAUAAUAAUCCAUUCAUUGAGAUGUUAGUUGUAGAUUAUGUAAAUAGUACCAGCAUUAUUGCAAGACAACCAAAGAUGACUGCCAUCAAUUCGUGUAUUGAAGUCGACUUGACGGGGCAAAUCUGUUCGGACUCGAUCGGUACCCGAAUGUAUUCCGGUUUCGGAGGUCAAGUGGACUUCAUUCGAGGAGCUGCUGAAGGAUUGGACGGAAAAGGAAAACCAAUCAUUGCACUUCCCUCUACUACCAACAAGGGAGAGAGUAAAAUCGUUCCUCUACUCAAGCCAGGUGCUGGCGUAGUAACAACUAAAGCCCACGCUCACUACGUCGUAACCGAACACGGCAUAGCCUACCUCUUCGGCAAAACCCUUCGACAAAGGGCACACGCUUUGAUCAGCAUCUCUCAUCCCAACCACAGAGAAGCCUUAGAAAAAGCCGCGUUCGAACGCCUUAAAGUCAUGCCAGCCCCUUAAACGUAAUUCCCAUAAAUUUUGUAAUUGCUUACAUGAUUUUAUUUGUUUGUACAAUGUACUGUAUACAUUAUAGGCGGUAGGGCCAGGUCACGGACACUGUAAAGGAAUCAUCUCAAGACAACAACUUAAUAAUUACGUUCUAAGAUAAAAUUGUAUAUUAUAGUAAAGGCAAAACAAUCGUUGUACAUCAUCAAUGACGUCAUGAAACACAAUUUCAAAAAUAUUUAAGAAAUUUGUCGUCCAGAAUUUGUUUCUUUAAUGUCGUGAUGUUUGUUUGUGUUGAUCAAAAAAUUUCUAGGUAUUUUCUAUGAGCUGAGCACAAUAAUAGAUGCCAAAUGUGUCAUUCUUAAGCUGUAAACAUCUUAUUUGAUGAUAUUUCUUAACUACAAUCGUAGUUUUGGUAUAAUCAAAAGUAUAUUAACAAAACAAAAUAGUCUGUGACGAUAUAAAUUAUUCAUGUCUUUUUUUUACAAAUUAUUCAUAAAAUCUUGACUAUUUUCCGCUGACCUUUCAACGCGUACUUCAUAGCGCAAGUGUUCCAACCUUAGAAUUAUUUUCUUCUCAAAAUUUUCGUAUUUUCUUUUGACUUUUUAGCAUUCAGGCAAUUUUCUAACCUCAAAAUUGUUCCCUCUUAAUCUAUUUUUUUAUUCCAAUAUCUAAUAUGCCCACAAUUCAUUUAUGUUCUAAUGCAUGGUAUGUAAGUAUCAAUUAAACAGUUCGUAUUUCAAACAGCUUGAAUGACAAAUGACAAGUGACAGUUAGCGAAACCAACUGAAAGAAUGAUAGCAUUCUAUUGUAUGACGUGCCACGGUAUUUGUUAUGCUUUUGCGAUAUAAUUUGAAAAGGCUUCGAUGUACGAAUCACAUCUAAUGAUGGCAUCAAUAAUUCCAGUAUUUAUAAUUUCUUGAAAUGUUUCUUCUCAACCAAUGUGGCCUAUUGAUCUAGUUUUAAGAUUUUAAAAAUUGAAUAGGUGGCAUUUUUAUAUGUUUGUAAGACAAUAGUUGUAAAUCAAAGUCAAUACGAAUUACUGUAUGUAGAUUAUUACAAAUACAACGAGAGGUAUUAUUUUAACAUAUUCAGAUGCAUUUUGAUUUUUCAUAUACCAAUUUCUUUUUUUUUUAAACAGCCAGUGUGAUUUUGACACCUUGAAAUAUGGACAAUAUGCAAGUUUUAUGAUAAGUAAGUCUCCAUUUUGAUCAAAAUCGCAGAAUAAGUUCGAAACUAUGACUAAAAGUGUACAAUACAAUUUACAGUAUCUGGUCAAAUUAUUGGGUUAUAGUCAUAUUAUUGGAUUAUUCGAGCGCAUAUUCAAUUUAAUCGUCAAAUUAAGAUCUUGUCAGAUGUCAUAAUUGAGGUAUCUGCAACAGUGUGUUGCCAUAUCUAUAAAAUUAAUUUAAUUGAAAGUACUAAGUAGUCGUCAGUGACAACACUUGAAAUUCAAAAUAAUUUGUUGAGGGUGACACAAGGUGAACCAUGUGUUACCAAGUUAUCUACAAAGAUUUAAAAAUAAUAUGUUUGGGGAUAGUUAUCCUAUACUUGUUUUCAGAAAAUGGAAAAGUGAAGAUGUAUGUCGAAGAAGUAACACAUUUAAUAAGUAGAGGAGAAAGAAAAAUAAUACAAUCUGUCUUUAAAGAUAUUCGCGACAGAAAUACGAAUUAGUUAUUGGAAGAUUGCACAGAAAUUAGAAGCAUUUUUUUAUUUCGACCGUAGCAGCUUUCAUACAUCUACGUUUUUAACGAAAUUGAAACCUAUUUAUGAUUGUUAUAUAGCAUUAAGUAUAAGUAACUUUACCAUAUAUAUAUUUACCCAUACUCAGUAAUAAAAACAGUUUAGCUCCAUAUUAAAUUAGAUAGAUCUGUAUUUAUUUUAUCGUUAUUAGAUGAAUUAGAUCAAUACUGUCUGAGAUGUAAUAAAUAACAUUUUUUUAAUUUAAAUUAACCAAUAAAUAGAAAGUUCCAUGUCAUUCGUUGAGCAAUAGUAGUCAACUUAGCCGCAUUAAACUUGACUGAUAUGGUAUGAUGUAACGGUAUUGGAACAAUUUAUGUAUUUAAUUUUUUAUUACAUUUGGAAGUUUUAAUUAAAAGUUAUUUGAAUCGAAGUCUGAGAAUACCAUCGAAGGUCCAAGUACCUUAUAAUCUUAGGUAGGAAAAGUGAUGGUUUAACACUGAUUAUACUGUUUAUUUCUAGGACUGCUUUUGUAAAUUUACAUAAAUAAAGAGGUUAUAGUU